AUGAAUAUUGGCGUUAUUUUUGGAAAUGACGUCAAGUUAAAAGUUGAUGAAAUACGGCAAAAAGUGCAAAUUGCUCAUAACAAAACUUGGUGUUUGUUUUGUAACUGCAAUCACUGUGCCCCCCUUCCACAAAUUCUAUAUAUAACUGUAUUGGUCAUCCGAGAUGCCGAAUCAUCAGUGUGCUUCCACUUGCUCUUCUCACUCCUACUUCUCUUAGCGACAUAUUCUAUCGAGGUUCUCAGCACUCCACACAGCAAUGUGGAACGUCGAGGGGAUCCAUUCUUGAGAUUUGGAUGA